CUCGGGUACAAGCGAAACUGCUCAGACGCACUUCACAUUAAAGACGCUCGGACAACACAAGCAAGACGAAAAUGGCCCUGUGCGCAGGCGCGCGGAACCACGACUAGCGCGCUGGGGGCGACCCUUCCUCCUUCCCUCAAAGGCCAAGGAAGUGUGGCUCCGACGCGCUUGCGCAAGGACGGAACGUUGGGUGAGGGGAAACCCGUUCCCUUCAUUGUGAGAGAGAACCGCCCCCGCACGACGAGCGCGCGCGCGCUCACGCACCACUCUCACACUCCGGCGCGCCCCGGGCUUUCCGCCCGGCGCCUCGCGCAUGCGCGGAGAGGGAAGCAGUGGCGAAGUCAGGCUUUUUGCUGCUUCCCUGAGAAGUUUCUGGAAAGACGAAGCCAAAGCGACGCUGGGAGAUGGGGAGCGCAAGGAAGCAAGCGUUUGAAAAAAGCGAAACACCCCAAGCACGCCGCCACACCUUCAGCCUUCGAGCCGCGGCCCAGAGCCCAAGGCCACUGGUACCCUCAAGCCAGAGAAAAAACACAGGGACUGCUGCAGGCGCUCCUCCCUCGGCCAGUGCUCAGCCUCCGAGACCCGUCAGCACGGGGAGAGGCAGGGGGUGGCCAUGAGAAGCCUAGGGCGCACACAGGACGUUUGCUAGGUGGAAGGAAAGCCGAAACCCGCCCUCUGGAGUCGCCUGCGCGUGCGGGCCCCCUGGAGUGGGCUCAGUACGUUGGGACUCAGCGUGGCUGCCGAAGCAUGGUUGAGGGCGUCUUUCACCGCGUUUUCCUAAGUUUUCCCUCCUCUCGGGGUCUGUGGUCCCUCCCCCGUCCGUCUUCGCUUUGGUGGCCUGACGCUAACGCUGCGAGUGUGGGGAGACCGUAGCAACCCCGGGCCCGAGGGGCGUCCGUUGCUGCUUUAAAGAAAAGCCCCGCGGAGAGGGGCCCGUGUGGCCGAGCAAAGGUAGCGCCCGCCCGGACAGUGGCGCCGCGUUGUUGGCAGCUCCGGACGAGGCCGCAGGUGCCGCGGGGCGCCUUGAGCAGGGCGGGCGUGGGAAGACCGAGCGCCUGGGCUGGCAGAACGGCGUUGGCGCUCGCGGGGCCGGGCGGGGGAGGGUGGAGCCACAGCGAUUCGCAAGUGCCUCUUUGCGGCGGAGCGGCUGCCAUUUUGUGGUGCGGCCGCCGCCAUUUCGCGCGGCCAAGGGGCGGGGCGUGGGCGGGGCGGCGGGCGAGCGCGUCCCCUUUGUUCUUUACCUAUCCGCUCAAGGCCCCAGUCUAGACCGCCGACCGCUUCGGAACCGGGUUACUUCCGAGCGGCCACGCGGCGUGUGAACCUUGCGGCGCGGCCUGGGUGUGCGCAAGGCCCCAACUGUCUUCCGCCUUGCAAGCCCUUCGAAAGUGGGAUUUCUCACGCCACUCUUGGAGGGUUUAGAAAACACUUUUUUUUUUUUUUUUUGGUUGGGGGGACAUUGUUUAAAGAGGGAUGCCUAGAACUCAGCCGUGGGAAGUCGUUGUCUAGAGCCUUGAGCUGUUGCCAGUAACGAACCCGUCCGCGUGCCCGGCUUUGGGUGAUCACGGCGCUCUGCAAAUAGCCCAAGUUGCAGAGCGCGCCCCUUAGAGCUUCCUCAGCUGCCUGGAGACCUCACAAAUGUGCUAAAACCCCGAUGGCUCUAGCGGUUGGCCUCUUUUUGGGGGCGCGGGGAACCAAAAAAGAUGGGAUGUCUUUGACGUGCUGGAAGGCGGAGGAGAAUGAGACGUUGCUUUUCAUUGGCUGGCCAUUAAGCACGCACUGCGCAACUGUUCUCCAGAUAGGGGUUUAUAGCCCAUUAUAUCUGAGCCAGGAACUUGAACAAUAGAUUUGAAUGUCUUAUUUCUGUUUAGAACCUUUCCCAUUUAACUUAUUUUUGAAAUCCCACAUGAGUAUGUAAAUAAUACAUUGACCUAAUAUAAUCUAUUGUGUGCCUUCCAGCGUCAUUUCAAAUCCUGAAAGAGCUAUUGUUUUUCUGAUUUCAAAAGAAAUAUUUAAAUGUGAGUCUUAGUGUUUUAAUGUUAACGUUGUGGCUUGAAAUCAACAAAGCCAGGAAAUUGAAGAGAAGUGCUGCUAAAUUUGUCUUCCCCUUUUGCUUUUGUACAACUUUUUUUUGGUUUAAUGUUUUGGUGGCCUUUUUUUCCUUUUAAGUUUGUUAUUCUUCACCACAGCGUGAGUUCGUAGAAGAGCCAGCCAAAUCUAUUGGUGGCUCAGCUGCCGUAGGUUUUUUCAUUUUCUUACUAUGUAUAAUUACAGGGACUUUUUUGUUUCAGCAAUAAGGAGUAAAGCUCAUAAUGAUAAGAUUAAAAGGUAAACAUCUGUUGUUGACGGAAUCAAUCAGGAUUUGAUGGCUUCUAGAUGAAAGAGAAGAGGCUUUUGGAUUCCAAAUAAUUUAGUUCCACUAUGACCAAACUUAAAGCACUGCAUAGAGCUUUAAAUUUGUAUACCAUAUUUUAAGAUUGUGUAAGUCUUUUGGCAUGGACUGUCUUUUUGUUUUGUUUUUGAGACGGCCUCACUGUCUCUUGCGGUGGCGAAAUCACGGCUCACCGCAGGCUCGAACCCCCUCCUGGGCUCAGGUGAUCCUCCCACCUCAGCCUUCGUUGUAGCUGAGACAAUAGGCACGAACCACCACCCCGGGCUAAUUUUUUAAGAUGGGGUUUCGCCUUGUUGCCCCGGCUGGUUCCCAGCACCUGGGCUCAAGAGAGCCUUUCCUGGUGUUGAGAUUACAGGCAUGAGGAACCGCUCCUGGCUUGUCCUUCCUUUUCGCAGUGAGAGCUUACAGAAUUUAUAUAUACAUACAUAUAUAUAUAUAUGUUUGUUAAUGCUGUGGGGUUUUUUUCUUUUUUGCCUGUACAGCGAAAAUGACAUACUAUAAAAGCAUGAGUUUUAUUGGAAAUAUGGAAUCUUACAGUAGCCUGAUAACUCAGGCAAAUUAUUAUGGCUCUAAUUAGCUGGGCAGUUCAGAUUCGAAGAAUGAUUGCCCAGCACUUGAAGAGACUGGAAGGAUCUGUUUAAACAGUCUUAAUUCCUAGGGUUCAUUUUUAUUUGUAAACACAUACCUUUAACCAUUACAUUUAACACAGCACAUCCUUUUAUUGUACA